UGCAAAAGAGUGUUGGUGGCAAGCAGAGCAAGAGGAGCAGAGAUCUGUGCAUCAUAGGCUCAGAGAGUGCAAACCUCACCUUAAGCACACACCCCUCAGGCAGCUACAGAGGACCAUGGCAUUUGCAGGGCUACUGAGCGACGAGGACAUCAGGGCUGCGAUCCAGGCUUGUCAAGCUCCAGGCACAUUCGACUUCAAGUCGUUCUUUGCUCAAGUGGGACUGGCCAGCUCAUCCGAGGCGGAUAGAAACAAAGUCUUUGCGGUCCUGGACCAAGACAAGAGCGGAUAUAUUGAGGAGGAAGAGCUCAAGCUGUUCCUUCAGAAUUUCUCUCCGGGGGCGAGAGAGCUGACUGUGGCCGAGACCAAGGCUCUGAUGGCUGCAGGCGAUAAGGAUGGAGAUGGCAAGAUUGGGAUGGAAGAGUUCUGUGAUAUCCUGAAAUAAAGAGGAUGAACAUCUUUGACCACAGCUGUUUUUCCUGAUUUUAAGUUAACGGUUUUCGUAUGGAAAUCCUGAUUUUCCAGAUUGAUUGAUGCAAAGACCAGAAACCUGGGAUAUUCUCUACCUGCCUGCUGCUCUCCCUGUUUAUGUGUUACAAUAAAGAUGUUUGGUGGACAGACGGCUAAAGCUGGACGUUAUAGUGUGUGCGUGUGUUUAAUCAAUCAGGUACCUGGAAUGGGUUAAUAAAUGUA